AUGGCAGAAUUGAGCGCCUUCACCCGCGGCUGGUUACACAACCAGGUUGGCAUUCGUGUCUCGGGCCUGGAAAAGUCGCUAUUCUUUUACGAGACAGUGCUUGGCAUGCAAGUCCUUACUCGGAUAUCUUCGGACACAUUGAGCCUCGUCCUCUUGGGCUAUCCUGAGGGUGGUGGUCCGGAAAAAGUGCUGAGUCGCGAGGGCCUCCUGCCCUAG